AUGCUCACUAGAGUUAUCUACCUUGAAGUAGCUCUCACAUCUCUUGUUUGGCGGCGCCAUUUUAAAAAAAAACAGGGCCUUGACAUAUCAUUCGCCAUGGAGAUCACUGAAGGAAAUAUGAUUACCCUGGCUAACUACUUACAGGAAACUUUGAAUCCAGAUGUUGCAAAAAGACGGAAAGCUGAGAAGUUCCUGGAGUCAAUUGAAGUGAAUCAAAAUUAUCCUUUAUUAUUGCUGAAACUUUUGGAAAAUCCAAUUGAUACAAACAUUCGUCUCAGUGCAGCAAUUACAUUCAAGAAUUAUGUGAAAAGGAAUUGGAAACAGGUGGAAGAUCUCCCAGACAAAAUCCAUCCACAAGAUCGAUUAGAAAUAAAGAAAAAUAUUGUUAAAUUAAUGCUGAGCAUGCCUGAGCAAGUCCAAAAUCAAUUGAGUGAUGCAAUUAGUAUCAUUGGUCGAGAAGACUUUCCAGAAAAAUGGCCAGAUUUAAUCAGGGAAAUGGUCAAUCAACUGAGCAGCAAUGAUUUUGGUUUGGUAAAUGGCAUUCUUAGAACGGCCCAUUCUUUAUUUAAAAGGUAUCGGCAUGAAUUCAAAUCUCAACAACUUUGGACAGAAAUCAAAUUUGUCUUGGAUCAUUUUGCUGCUCACUUCACUCAACUUUUUAUUAAAACAAUGCAGUUGGCUGAACAACAUGGUAAUGAUCCUGCAGCCCUCAAAGUGAUAUUCAGCUCUAUUGUUCUUAUCUGUAAAAUUUUUUACAGUCUUAAUUACCAGGACAUUCCUGAGCAUUUUGAAGACAAUAUGGCUACCUGGAUGUUUCAUUUUAAAGCUCUGCUUCAAGUUGAUAAUAAACUGCUACAAACACAAGAUGAAGAUGAAGCAGGUGUGCUAGAACAAGUAAAAUCACAAAUUUGUGACAAUGUGACACUUUAUGCACAAAAAUAUGAUGAAGAAUUUUCUCCUCAUCUACCAGAUUUUGUGACAGCCAUUUGGCAUCUCCUUGUAACAACUGGACCUCAAGUCAAAUAUGAUCUUUUGGUGAGCAAUGCAAUUCAAUUCCUUGCCUCUGUAGCAGAAAGGCCAAACUAUAAAGGUUUGUUUGAAGAAUCUAACACACUGAGCAACAUCUGCGAGAAAGUUAUUGUUCCAAACAUGCAGUUUAGAACUGCUGAUGAAGAAUUAUUUGAAGACAACCCAGAAGAAUACAUUCGGAGAGAUAUUGAAGGUUCUGAUAUUGAUACCCGUAGACGUUCUGCUUGUGACUUAGUACAAGCUUUAUGCAAAAUAUUUGAAGGUCCGGUCAUCCAGAACUUUUCCCAAUAUGUCCAUGGCUUGCUGCAGCAAUAUUCAGAGAACCCCACAGGCAAUUGGAAAUGUAAAGACACAGCAAUUUAUUUGGUGACAUCUUUAGUGUCUAAAGGGCGCACACAGAAGCAUGGAAUCACUCAGACAAGUAAUCUGGUGAACAUAACUGAUUUCUUUCAAACUUACAUCCUGCCAGAAUUACAAGCUUCUGAUGUCAACUCCCAGGUUGUUCUGAAAGCUGAUGCUCUCAAAUAUAUUAUGAUUUUUAGAACCCAGCUCCAGAGGGAGGCUUUGGUUAGCUGCUUGCCUCACAUUAUCCGAUAUCUUUCUGCUGAAAGUCCAGUUGUCCAUACCUAUGCAGCUCAUACAAUUGAGCGAUUAUUGACCAUUAAGACAAGCCAGAAUACAGCUAUGAUUGGUGCUGCUGACAUUCAACCAUUUGCCAGUGAUUUGCUUCAUAACCUUUUCAAAGUGCUCACUCUUCCUUCUUCUUCUGAAAAUGAAUAUGUAAUGAAAGCCUUGAUGAGAAGUUUGUCUGCUUUAAAUGAAAGCAUCAUGCCUCUUAUCCCAAUGUUACUGGAAAACCUUACCCAGAAAUUGAUGAUUGUGAGCAAAAAUCCCAGCAAGCCUCAUUUCAACCAUUAUCUUUUUGAAAGUCUUUGUGUUAUGAUUCGAACUGCAAGUCGAGUCAAUCCAGAAACGGUGAGCAAAUUUGAGGAAGCUUUGUUUCAACCUUUUACUCAAAUAUUGCAGCAAGAUGUCCAAGAGUUUGUUCCCUAUAUUUUCCAAAUUUUGUCCAUGUUGAUUGAACUGCAACAGAAUGAACUGACUUGUUACAUGGCCCUCUUCCCUCACCUGCUGGUUCCUGUGUUGUGGGAACGCCCAGGCAAUAUUCCACCUCUAGUCAGAUUACUUCAGGCCAUCAUUGAAAAAGGAUCCAAACAUAUUGAACCUGAAAAACUGACUGGUUUGUUGGGUGCCUUCCAGAAACUGAUAGCCUCAAAAGCCAAUGACCAUGAAGGAUUUUAUCUUUUGAAUUACAUCAUAGAAUUUAUGCCAGAAUCAGUUAUUUCUCCUUUCAUCAACCAAAUCUUUGUACUACUUUUCCAGAGGCUGCAGAGCUCCAAAACAACCAAAUACAUAAAGAGUCUACUCGUUUUCUUCAGUCUUUUUGCCAUCAAAUAUGGUGCCACCAAUUUGAUCCAAACUAUCGACAAUAUCCAAGCCAAAAUGUUUGGCAUGGUAAUUGAGCGUCUCUUUGUAGCUGACUUACAGAAAGUGUCUGGAAAUAUUGAUCGAAAAAUAUGUGCCGUUGGGGUAACAAAAAUCCUUACAGAAGCCCCAGUUAUGUUGAAAGCAUAUGAAACCUUAUGGGGAGGGUUGUUAGAAGCCCUUGUCAAGCUCUUUGAAUUGCCUCAAGAUGAAGAAGUACCUGAGGAUGAACACUUUAUUGAAAUUGAUGAUACGCCAGGUUACCAGAUUGCUUAUUCUCAACUGGCUUUUGCUGGCAAGAAAGAACAUGACCCAAUUGGCAAUGCCAUUCUCGACAUAAAAGGCAAUUUAGCCAAAUCCCUUGGGAAAAUGUCAUUAGAAAACCCAGGAAAACUGAUGCCCCUUAUCAAGUCUGGCCUUCAACCAGAAGCUGCCAACUUUCUCCAAAUAUAUUUGCAGUCAGCUGGAGUCAGCCUAGCAUAG